UCCCCGCGAAACUGCUCCACGUUGUGUUGGCUGUCGGUCGGUCGCACGCGACAAACAUUGCAUGUCAGCCAUCGUUGCCAAUCAAACGCUGAUCCGGCGGUUUUUUUGCGCGUCGCUGAUUGGUUGAUUUAACGAUGGAGGCGGGCGCAUCCUCCGCUGUCCCCCGGCCGGGCUGCGGUGACUCUGGUGUUUCACCGUGAGCAGCAGCAGCUGAUGGGACAGAGGAGGCGCUCACCUGGAGCAGGACUGUCUUCUACAGUGUACCUGAGACUGUGAUUAUGAAGAGUCUGAAGGCGAAGUUUAAAAAGAAUGAGAGUCAGGACUGGAGUAAGAGUGAUGAGAGGCUCCUGCAGGCUGUGGAGCAGAAUGAACCGGACAAAGUCUCUGCUCUCAUCGUCAAAAAGGGUCUCUGUCCCACCAAGAUGGAUGCGGAGGGCAAGUCAGCUUUCCACCUCUGUGCAUCCCGAGGCCGACUAGAGUGUCUGGAGGUAAUCAUCUCUCACGGAGCGGAUCUCAACGUCCUUGAUGGCGCUGGCUGCAGCGCCCUCCACCUCGCUGCCAAACAUGGUCAGUCAGAGUGUUUAAAGAGACUCUUGCAGGAGAGAUUGGCAGUAGAUUGCACUGACAGCAUUGGCAGGACACCACUUCAUCACGCAGCAGUCAGUGGCUGCUUGUCCUGCACCGAGACCCUGUGGGACUUUAAAGCCAAUCUGGAUGUCCAGGACAGUGACGGAGCCACCCCUCUGAUCUUAGCAGCCCAGAUGAGCAGAGUGGAGCUUUGUGUGUUCCUGUUGGGACGAGAUGCCAAUGCAAACAUUCAGGACAACCAGGGAAGAUCUGCGUUAAUGCUGGCCUGUGAGAGUGACAGUGUUGAAACUGUAGAGGCCCUGCUGAGAGGCGGGGCCAACACACAGCUGGUCGACGUCUUUGGACACACAGCCACCGACUACAGCGUGACCACAGGAAACCAGCGUAUCUUACAGAUGUUGCAGGAUGGAGUACCACCAGCUUCUGAGGGCGCGGGCGAGGAGCCCCCCCAAGUCCCCUCAGGCGCCUCAUCAGUGCAUGGGGGGACUACCCCCCGCAAACGGAAAGCUCCUCCACCCCCCCGCUCUCCUCUCCAGAUGCAGGGUUUGCCACCUUCUCCACAGCCCCGGAGUCCUGCUCCCCCUGGCCCACCCCCUUCUCCCCAACCUCCAGAAACGCAGCAAUCGGCCCAGUCAGAAGACGAGGAGGUGUUUGAGGAGAUUCGACGGCUCCGUCUGGAGAGAGGCCGCCUGCUCCAGAAGAUCAAAGCCUUGGAGCAGCAGCAGCAGAGUGCCAUCUCUGCCUUGGGAGAGUUGUCCCAACUGAAGCAGCGUCUGAAGGAGGCUGAGGCACAGAGGGACAACCUGCUAGAGGAGCUAAACGGAGGCCAUGGUAUAGGGGCCAGUGAGGACAUGGACGAAAUGCUGGACUUCCCAGAGAAGCUGCUCUCCAAGCGCUCCAGAGCCUCCCCUGCUCAGGGCGAGGACACUGACUCAGCCAGUCCCUCUCCUGCCCCUGCAGACCCAGGAACUGUUGCUGAGCUGCAAACACAAAUAGAGGAACUGACCUUGCAGAACUCCGAACUUGUUCUCAAAGUACAGAUGCUGGAGAUGUUUGAGAAGGACGACACAGACAUGCAGACCUCCUGCCCGGACUCCGUGCCCUUAGCUCAGUAUGAGACCCUGAGGAAGGAGUUUGAAGCCCUGCAGGAGCGCUUGUCUCGGGCCCAGGCUUCAGACGGGACCUCCAGCGUGGCGGAGGAGUGUGGUGAUGACAAAUCUCAGACAGGAGGAAAUGCAAAUGCAGAGAGUACAGAGGCUUUGAAGGAGAAGCUGCGUCGGUUGGAGGAGCAGUUGGCCUCCUCCCAGUUUGAGCUGCAGGAGCUGAAGGAGCAGAUGCGUCUUGGGGUGCUUUCUGUGGAUUGUGGUGAGGGGGACUCUGUCGUGACAGGUGCUGGGACUGAAAGCGGUUCUGGGGCUGCAGGGGAGGGUCUGAGUAAAGAGGCACAGCAGCUGAGAGCCAGGGUGACGGAGCUGGAGGAGGAGCUUGCUGAGACACAGGGCCAGGAAGGGGGUCAGAGAAGCCAGGACAGUAACACAAUCAAACAGCUGACAGAGAAAGUAGAGAAACUGCAGGCUGCUCUGGCCCAGAGAGAGUCUGUGAAAGAAGAGGGGGAGAGAGACGGCAAAAGUCAAGAGACUGAAACAGAGAAGUGCCUUGGUGACAAAGUGGCUGAGUUGGAGGCAGCCCUGGCAGAGAGCAGGCUAUCGGGGAAAGAGGGAGGGGCAACGAGAGAUGGAGAUCAGGUCCGUCGUCUCCAGGAGCGAUUGGGAGAGCUAGAGGGGCAGCUGAGGAAGUGUGUGCCGCGCACGGAGCUGGAGGAGGUGCAGGUGACUCUGGGGCUCCAGUGUGAGCAGCUGGCCAGGGAGAGGGCAGAAGUGGCCAGAAGGCUCAACGAUGCCCUUCUGGACCUGGAGAGACUCAGGCCUCCUCCACGUGGCCUUGAUGAGGAAGAGGAAGAAGAGGAGGAGCGCUCAGAGAGCUCAGAGCACUCCAGACGUAGCUUGACAGCAGUGAGGGAAGAGCUGGACGUGGCGAGACAGGAAGCGGCCCAGGCUCUGGAUUGUCUGUGUGCAGAGCGAGAGGGCAGGGCACAGGACGCCCUGCAGCUGAAAGACGCAGUGCCGCUCUCAAAGCACAGGGAGGCGCUGUCGGCAGUGUCGGAACAGCUAGCUCAGACGCUGCAGGAGCUGCAGGAGGAGAAGACCCUCCGUGGCAAGGCAGAGGAGCAGGCUGCCACACUGGAGGCCAAAUUGCAGCCCAUGCAGGAUGCCGUACCCAGAGAGGAGUAUGAGAGAGUCAAGGCAGAGCUCCAGCGCUCCCUGCAGGCCAAAGAGAGCAGUGCAGCAGCAGCACAGGACGCGCUGACCGAGAAAGAGAUGGAGCUGAGGGAACUGAAGUCCCAGAAGGCCGCAGAGCAGGAUCUGAUCUCGAAGGAGGAUCACGAGGCCCUGCGGCUCUCUUUGCAGGCUGAGAUCAACGCCCUCACGGCUCGUUUCAACGAUCUAACCCGCAAACAUGAGAAGACCUGCACGGAGGUGUUCCAGGUGCAGAGAGAGGCUCUCUUCAACAAGAGUGAGCGGCAGGUUGCGGAGUCCCAGCUGGCCACAGUGCAGCAGCAGCUUGCUGAGCUACAGGCGCAGUCCAACCACAUCCAGGAGCUCCACAAGGACAUCCAGGAUUCCCAGGGCCUGGUCAAGGAGAAGGACCGCAAGAUAACAGAACUGUCCAAGGAGGUUUUCCGCCUAAAGGAGGCCCUGGGAGCCCUCUCACCUCCUCUCGGCAUCACAUCCUCCUCCUCCUCCACCCAUCCUGGUAACCCCGGGCAGCAGGUGGCACUGCAGAACAGAAUCUCCAUACUCACACAGCAGCUCCAGGAUUGGGAGAGAAAGCAUAAACAUGUGGUGGCUAUAUACCGCUCCCAUUUACUGGCAGCUGUUCAGGGAAGAAUGGAUGAAGAGGUGCAGGGUCUGCUACUCCAAAUCCUGAGGAUGACACAACAUUGAAAGCUUACAACAUAUGCAAGUCUAAUCUACACAUCCAGUGGUUCCACAGGUCGGGAUGAAGCAGCUCCAGUACAGAAACCUGUGGGACAAAUACAACUGACCUGUGGUCAGACUUGACUAUGAUCAGUAGCUGCAUGCGUACAUUACAGUUAACUAAUCAACAGAGGACUGACUGAUAACCAAGCAGAACUGUUGAGCAUGUUCAUUACAGGUUGGUGGCAGGAAGUGAAUGUGGAUGCAGAGUGGUUAUUUAGAAGAUAGAGUCAGGUGAAAUGAUUGUGUGACAAACUGACAGAUUUUUAUACAAUAUUGUUGUAAUAAAAAAGAAAAACAUA